AUGGAUACCUGGGCGGACCUCCAAGGGCCGCCGCGAAAGAGGAUGAGGAAAGGAACCAAGAGCUGCGCUGAAUGUAUGGUCCAUACCAUUCGUGUCCGCUGCUCCUCGCUCUCCGCGGCAGGUCGGCGUCGCAAAAUUCGCUGCACCUUCGACUCAGAUCGCCCCGGACCAUGCAAUGAGUGUCGGUCAAGAGGCUCGUCAUGUAUCGACCAAGAGCAUAUCUCCAACGGCAACAACACUAUGGGGAUCUCAGCUCCGGUUGAGCAGCCAUACAGCUUGCGGGAACGGGUGGCUCACCUGGAAAGUGUCGUCGAGAACCUUGUCAAGCGACUGGACCACCCCUCCUCCGCCAGUUCGCCCUAUGGGCAAGCCCACAGGCGAGAGACAAACCAAGCAAAAGUCCCUGGAGCCAACCUUACUCCGGUAUCAACAGAGCCAGACGAACUUGGUCCAUCCAGUGAUCAAAUUAGAAGUGCGCCCGUGUUGCAACUGUUUGAUAACUACCUCGUGAGUCGCCGAGAGGACCCUUCAGACAAUGACAAGUUUGCCGGAGUCAAAGACAUGUCACCCAAAGCACAGGCCGUGCGCGCCGAGUUGGUUGCUUUGCUGCCUCCCUUGGAGGAUAUCAGCACACUCAUUAGUGCAUCUGACCGGUGGCAUGUGUGGCAGUCCAGCUGUCCAGAGUUGGGUGACCGGUGUCUACACAUGCUCGCCGAGCCAUCCCAAAGUCCAGUCGCACCUGCCGAGAUCGCAAAGGCGCUCGUUUGUCUUUGUAUCAGUGUGGUCCAAGCGCCGUCAGACUUUGACUUUGAUACUCUAAAGGAACCCUUUGACACGGCAGAGUUUGUUGAUCGUUGUACAGCGGCAAUAGACCGCUUAGUGGUCCGGGACGAUGACUUGGCAGCGACGCUGCCGGGUAUCGAGACCCAGAUGCUCCUCUCCAAGUUUCACUUGAACGAGGGUCGGAUGCGGAAAGCAUGGCUGGUAAAUCGUCGCGCAAUCGAGUUUGCCCACUUGGCUGGAAUGCACCUGUCAACCAAGACUCCCCGGCCAUCUGACAGUCUGUAUGAGCGCCGUCUGAGGACUUGGUGCUCAUUGGGGAGCUCGGACCGCUCACUCAGUCUCAUUCUCGGCCUGCCUUACGGUAUCGCCGAUGCCUUUAUCCUGCCCCAGAUUGAGCAGCGUCUCAGUUUGGACUUGUCUGCUCCCGAGCAGUACAUGCUCCGGAUCGGCAUUAUCACCGGACACAUGAUCGACCGCAAUCAAAACCCGUCCGAGAUGUCUCUCCCGACCACCCUGCGUCUCGACCAAGAGCUACAGGAUGCCUGGAAUGCCAUGCCGGGUCAUCUCCGGAGCUCGAAGCCCGAGGUCAAUGAGGAACGGGCGCAUUUCUACGAGCGCAUUCCGCUGCAAUUCAUGUUCAAAUUGCUACGUGCCUUUCUCCACUUGCCAUUCAUGCUAAAAUCACCCUCUGACUCCCGGUUUCGCUACUGCCAUGCCAGUGCGCUGGAAUCUGCUCGGGAGGGCCUAGCUCUGUACAUGAUAAUCCGGUCGUCCAUCAAGCCCUAUUUAUGUAAGAUGAUCGACUUCCUGGCCUUCACACUGGGCAUGCUCAUCAUCCUCCACCUAUUUGGCUACUCCGAAGAGUCCCCCGACUACAAUCAGGAACAGGACGAGCGGGACUGGGAGCUUGUCGGCAAAGUCGUCGAAGUCCUCCGGCGGGCUGCGACAGAGCCGGGUGGCUCGGUGGCUGCCGAGUCGGCCAAUAUUCUGGGCACCAUGUUCGACGCCCGUCUGUGCAAGAAAGACUGGAGCCUCUCAACUAGCUGCAAGAUCACUAUCCCGUAUUUCGGGACUAUCACUGUUGGUGCUGGCACCAAGUACUCGAAAGCCCCGGCCAACAAGCCCAAGGAUCACGCUUCCGAUGUUCCAACUCCGCCCGCCACCAAUACUACCCCUUCUUCUUCUUCUUCUAAGCCGUCGCCUCACCAGCUUUACACCCCGCCCAUGUCUGAUCUCGAUGGUGCAGCGACUGCCUCCGCCGAGUCUGUGAGUGGUUCGAGUACCUUAGCCCCGAACUUUGGAGACGUGGGCUAUACAAACGAGACAUGGACCCAGCGCGAGGAUGGAUCAACAAAUCCCUUUGUGGGGCUGGAGGUGAAUGCAUUCAGUGGAUUGUUUGACGAUUUCGGGCAGUAUAUGUGGCCAAAUCUCAAUGUCGACCUGGGGCUUGACCAGGGUUGGAACCUGAACUGGUCCGAGGACGGAGUACCUUGA